AUGUUUCGGACAAUUCUUCUUUGCUCUCUGGGGCUAACCACACUCUCGUCUGCUGCCACGCACAACAUCACAUCUAUCUUCAGUUCCAGCCUGUCUCCGGGCGCGCAGAUCUUUCUACCUUCCGACACAAACUACACAGAGGACGUAACACAGCGAUGGACCACAUACGACGCCCCCACCUACAUCGGGGCAAUCAAGCCAGCUACGGUCAAAGAUAUACAAAACAUUGUGACUCUAGCUGCAUCCAACAAGAUCCCUUUUCUCGCCACAGCGGGCGGCCACGGCGCGACCAUCACCUAUGUUAAUUGUACCAAUGGCAUCGAAAUUGAUAUUAGCAACUUCAAUACUGUUUCGAUUGACGCUUCCAACAAUACCAUGACCGUUGGUGGAGCAGUACGUUUUGAGGACAUCAUCCCGCCUCUCUACGAGGCGGGUAAAGAGCUGCCUACCGGUACCGCACCGUGUGUCGGACUCGUUGGGGCGACUAUCGGCGGCGGGAUAGGAAAUCUACAAGGCCUGCAUGGGCUGAUUCUUGACUCCCUGCUGUCCGUCGAGCUGGUAACGCCCAGCGGUGAUGUCCUCAUCGUAUCUACCUCUGAAAAUGCCGAUCUCUUCUGGGCCAUCCGCGGCGCCGGUGCCAACUUUGGCAUCAUCACCUCAGCCACUUACAAGAUCUACAAUGCCACAAAUAACGGCCUGGCCAUGAGCGCCAAUUACCUAUUCCCCGCUAGCGAGAAUAGGUCCGUGUGGGAGAUCUUCCAGUCUUUUGAUGAGACGCUUCCCCCGGAGCUGUCAUUGACGGCAUACUCGGGAUUCAAUCAGACCACUCAAGAGAUGGAGCUGAUCGUUAAUGCGAUCUACUACGGGCCAAAAGAAGAGGGGGUAUCUUACCUGACCAAUUUUACAGCGCUCAAUGCAACAGAAACCAAUCUCAUGAUGGUAGCCUGGCCCAACGUGACAAGCUCGAUGGCCUUUGGUGCGGACGGUGAUGCCUGCACCACCGGUUCCUAUCUCAACACCUGGGGACUGGGACUGGCCGAGACAAACAUCGACACCUACACAACCUUCUUCAAUGAGCUGCAGGCCUUCUCCCAGGCUCACCCCGACUACUCGGGAAUAUUCGUGGUCGACCGCUACAGUUCAGCAGCGGCGGCAGCCGUUCCAGCCAACAGCACCUCCUACGGCUAUGGCUACCGAAACAUCAAUUCUCAUCUGCUAUUCGAAAACUCCUACCCCAGUGAUAAUUCUACCCUCGAUAACGCCGUCAAUUCCUUCAUGCGGUCCAUCCGCUCACAGUUCCAGCGUACUAGUGGCUUUAGCGAGAUGGAAAUUUACUUAAAUUACGCUCAUGGCGACGAAGGCGCUGAUGUUUGGUACUCGCCACAACACCUGCCUAAGCUCUCGCAGUUGAAGUCUAAGUGGGAUCCGGAUGAGCUUUUCAGUUUCAAUUAUCCGGUGCCGUUGCCCUAG